AUGGGCCCCUGUACCGCCUCCUCAUGCUGCUGCCAGGCCCGUAAUCUGCCAUGGGCCCCCGUACCGACUCCUCAUGCUGCUGCCAGGCCCGUAAUCUGUCAUGGGCCCCUGUACCGCCUCCUCAUGCUGCUGCCAGGUCCAGAGUGUGUCAUGGGUCCCUGUACGGCCUCCCAUUGCUGCUGUCUCCAUCGCCACACUCUGCCAUGUGCCACUUUCAGGUCUCCCUCACACUGCUGGUGGUUUCCAUUUUUGUCAUAGGGUGCUGUAUGGCCUCCCAUUGCUGCUGCCUCCACCGCCACACUGUGGCUCCACACUCUGGUUUUGGCCCCGUGACUGCCCAAAUGAGUGAAGUGUGCGGUGAUUCUAAGAUCGACGGCACUCAUCUGCAUGUCAUACUGACUGACAGUAUUAUUUCUCUUCCCCAGCAGACUCCAAGGGCAUUUAAAAUUAAAGGUACAGUGUUCUGCACUAAUAUA